UCUUGAACUCCAUUUUCGAUUAACGUCAUGCUCAUGUUAGCUAAGUAAGUUAUUAGCAUUGAGAAAGUAUGGAGAAGUCAGUUGGUUCGCUACAGGAACAGGCACUAAAGAGGAAAGAAAGAUUAAAAGCUUUAAGAGACAAACAACUCCAGGGAAGAGACACCGAAGAUGGAGAGCCGGAGAGAAAGAGAACGCUGCCCGGGCCAGAUCUGGAGCCAGAAGACCGACACAGAGAGCUGAAGCUGAGGAACUACACCCCAGAGGAUGACGAGCUGAAGGAAAGGCAGGUGCCCAAGGCCAAGCCCGCCUCAGUGGAAGACAAGGUGAAGGACCAGCUAGAAGCAGCCAUUCCAGAGCCCAUCAUAGAGGAAGUGGAUCUAGCCAACCUUGCCCCAAGGAAGCCUGAUUGGGAUUUGAAACGGGAUGUAGCGAAGAAACUGGAGAAGUUGGAAAGGCGAACACAGAAGGCUAUUGCUGAACUCAUCAGGGAGCGCUUGAAGGGCAGCGAAGAAGAGUUGGCGGCUGCCGUGGGAGCUGUUGGAUUGGCCGAGGGUGAUUCAGACUGAAGCGGUCCCUCAGUCUGUAAACCAUUCUGUACAGAUGCGGUCAUUUAAACUGGACUUGCCGUUCUCAGACCACCUCUGCUGACACAUCACCCAAAAUCACAUAGAGGGCAAAGGUGGUAAAACUGCAGACGGACAGGACAAGGGUUCGAUCAGUAUUGCAGCUCCAGACAAGGUGUUCUCUCCAGUCCUCUGCUCGUCUGCGCUCAUCUCUAUUUCAACAGAGAGUCCAUUGUCUCAUUCACAUUAGACCAGCCAUAUUAGACAAAAUAUUGUUCUGGUGGAUCCUUCAAGAUUGACUCUGAUCAUGUGACAUCCCCGAUCUUGAUUUUUAUUUGAUGCCGUUUGUUUGUGUUAUUUUGUCUCCAGAAAAAGGUUUAGUGUUUUGUAAAAAAAUGUAAUUAAAGACAAACUUUGAUAUGAAAGUGAA